AUGAUCUCGAGAUCAUCUCUCGCCAAAAGUGCGCAGCAGGCCGUCCGUCGGUCCUGCAGCGUCCAGCCCUUUCAGCGCCGUGGAUUCGCUGCUGCUGCCUCGAAUGGAGCCUUUGAGACGACGGAUGUGUCCGGGUUGAAGAUUGCUUCGAGGGAUACUCCUGGGCCGACUACCAAGCUUGCCAUUGUUGCCAAGGCUGGGACUCGGUAUCAGCCACUACCUGGCUUGACCGUCGGUCUCGAGGAGUUCGCCUUCAAGAACACCCAACGACGAUCCGCGCUCCGCAUCACUCGUGAAUCCGAACUUCUUGGUGGUCAACUGAACGCCUCUCAUACUAGAGAGGUUCUCGUACUUGAGGCCAGCUUUCUGCGCGAGGAUCUGCCUUAUUUUGCCGAACUCCUCGCCGAAGUGGUCUCCAUGACCAAGUACACCACUCACGAGUUUCACGAAGAUGUCGAGCGAGUUCUCCAUCUCAAGCAGGCCGCCCUGAAUGCCAACGUUGCUGCCCUUGCCUUGGACAACGCUCAUGCGGUUGCAUUCCAUAACGGCCUAGGUGCCUCCGUCUAUCCCUCGUCCUCUUCACCCCUACACAAGUAUCUCAACGAGGAGUACAUUGCCAGCUACGCUGAUGUUGUCUACUCUAAACCGAACAUUGCCAUUGUCGCCGAUGGUGCCACCACUGAUAAUCUGACCAACUGGGUUGGUCAAUUCUUCAAGGACGUGCCUGCCAAAUCUCUGAACGGCCAGACCCUCAAGACUGAGACCUCAAAGUACCACGGAGGUGAACAGCGAACGACUCACCCUGGUGGCAAUGCCAUGGUGAUCGCUUUCCCUGGAUCCGAUGCCUCUGGCUCCAAGCCCGAGAUUGCCGUCUUGGCUGCUCUGCUUGGUGCUCAACCCACAAUUAAGUGGUCCCCCGGCUUCAGUCUGCUCUCCAAGGCCAUCACUGGAACAUCCGGUCUUUCCGCCUCUGCUUCUAGCCUGGUUUACUCCGAUGCUGGUCUCUUGACCGUCCAGCUGACCGGCACGGCUGCCUCUGUGCGUAAAGGUGCCGAGGAGACGACCAAGGCUUUGAGAAGCAUUGCCGACGGCUCUGUCAGCAAGGACGACGUCACCAAGGCUGUUUCCAACGCCAAGUUCGACGCUUUGGAGAAAGCCCAGCUGCGCUCGCCUAGCCUUUUGCACGCCGGGUCCGGCCUUGUCCACGGCGGCAAGGCUUCCGACGUCGCCGCUCUCGCCAAGGGAAUUGAGAGCGUUACUGCUGACAAACUGAAGAUGGCUGCCAAGUCUCUUCUAAACGGCAAGGCUACUGUUUCCACUGUUGGCGACUUGUUUGUGCUGCCGUAUGCAGAAGAGAUUGGCCUCCGGGUAUGA